AUGGAUCCGAACCCCUUGGCGGCGCUCUUCUUUGCCAAAGAAAACCCGCCUCCGCCAAACACAUAUCUCAAGAAGACUUUGGUGCCGUCUCCCAUUAUCCAGAACAUUUGGCCUGACUUCAAAGUUUUCACCAAGAAGCCACUUGCGGGGUUGGUUAGUACAUCCAUCAACGAUGAAAACGAUCAGACUUUGCAUGCUCCCACCCAGGAUUCGUACUUUGGCGACGACUUGAUGGAGGAUGAUGACAUCUUGUGGAAUCUAGAGGGCCAACAGCAGAAAGAGGAAUCAUAUGACAAUACGCCGAGUCGCGAGGUUACGGUGACGGUAUUGGUCAAAUCCGCCUCGGUUUCCAUCAAUGGCAUUGACUAUGCGCUUAAUUCUACCGUGAGAGCAUCCACGCGGAUCUCCGGAGGCCCGGGCGCAGAGGACUCGCUCCUUCUCUCGUUGAAAUCUGGCUUUUUGCUUCUCAUUCGAAUUUGGAGAGUUCCCCGGCGCCUCAACGACCGCAAGAAGCUUCUGGAAAGCCAAAGCACCACUUCGCAUGUUUUCCGCCCCUUCUGUGUCCAGUGGUGGGAUGCCUCUGAAAGCAACGGCCUCGAAGCUUCGGGCAAAGAGUUGCAUUCUCAUGCUUCGGGAAUGGCAGUGGUAUCUACAUCUGCAUCGUCUGUUUUCCGAAUCCACAUGUGCCAGCCCACAGAAACUGGAAUACAACUAUCCCCGCACUUCAAUGUUCCUGUUGACGGGGUGAUUCUUCAUUCUUGCUUUGCCCAGCCCUUGGAUAAGUCUGCGGGAGAUAACCACCUCAUGUUUCUUACGCUUACAUUUUCCGAGCAGCGCCGGCUAGAGCUCAGCUUGUACAACUGGUAUGUGUCAGAUUCAAUCAAUAACAAUUUGGCGAAAUGCACGUUGCCUUUGAACAGUACGUUCCCUGUUCCGGUAAUGAUAGCCCCUUUGGCCAAGAACGGCAGUUUCUUGUUUGUUGGCACAGACCAGUUGACGAUCAUUACUGCUCAUAACAUCACGUCGGCCGACUACUCUUUUUUAAAAUUCGCAUACGACGGUUCUUUUCCCACUGCGUUUUACAUUCCUGACUCACCCAUUUUAUCUUUCGAGGAUGCUUCGACGGACGAAGUUCUCUUAGCUUCGGAUUCGGGGGUCAUAUACUCGAUAAUUGUGGAAAAUGGGACCUCGCUAAUAAUCCAGCCCAUCGCUCGUAUCGGUGAUCCCAUAUCUGUCUUUACGUUUCGAAGGAUUACGGGGAAAGGCUUUCUUUUAAAUUUCGCUAGCGACACAGCCGGGGCAAAAGAACUACUUAUAUCCAGUCUUUUUACGAAAGAUUAUUUAUCAUCGUUGGGGCCGGGUCAAAAAAUCGGUUACAGCGAUGCUGAACUAAAGCAUGACUAUAGAAAUUGGGCCCCUAUCGUCGACGUGCGAGUUAUCGAUAGCUACAAGUCUAGGAAUAUCGAACCCUAUUGCUCGCAGGAACUAUGGGCGCUUACUGGAGUCGGAAAAAGAACGAAGUUGACUCAGCUCCGUUCAGGGUAUAGGGCGAAGAAAGAAACUAGCACUUACGAGUUUUUACGUAAGUGCGCUGACUUGUUUCUUUUGACAAUUUCUGAAAGCCAGUUCUUUGUUUGCUCGAUGCCAUUUCAAACAAAAGUGCUUCAGUACCAGGAAACUUGUCUUGACACCGAGCCCGAAGAAAAUGCUUCAAAAGGCUCUGAUGAUGAUGUUUUGGUUGAUAUUGAAGAUCCAAUGCUUUAUUUGAAUGACAUCACCCUAUGUAUAUCUACAAUUCCGAAUACUGAUACGGCUGUUCAAUUUACACCUUCUACGGUGACAUUUUCCAACUUGCAGCAGAUGAAGACAGCUCAUUUACUGUACGAAAUCUUGUUUGCAUGUGUGGUGGAAUGCCUUGCUUUCCUUAUUAUAGAGAAACCCAAUAAUUGUCUUGAGUUUCAAGUGGUUAAACUAUCUCAGUAUGAAGAUUUCGAAAGCGAUGCUUGUUUGCUUGAUUCGCAGUCAUACAUGUCUGUUUCUCAUCCUUUGAAUGAACAAGUGAGUGCAAUGAAAGUAUUUGCAACUUCUUCGGGAAAAUUUAAAGUGUUUAUAACGACCUUCAGCAGCCAUCUAAUUGUGGCCGAGAUGAGUCCGCAAAAUUGGGACUCUCCUCUCUCAUUAAAAUCACGCUACGACCUCAGCGAAGUUAAGCAUACUAAAGAUGAAAGAAAAUCCACUCCUGUGGUGGGCCAUGAUAUCGUCUAUUCAGAAUUCCAUGGCCUUGUAUUCGUGGGAUGCUUUCUGGGGGAAUUCAUUCAACUUCAACUUGAUGAAGGCUCUGAUACACUUGCACUCAAACCUUCCAAAUGCUAUGACUUAGGAACAACACCCGUGCGGCUUGAGUUAUGUGGACUGGAUCCCAACUUUCUAUUUGUUCAUCUGAGAAACAUUUGGAUGUUCAACUUCUACGUGUCUGACAAUCCUGUUCAAGUGUUGUUUGAAGAGAGGACCGAACGAGCUGUUUUCAAAAUGACUGCGCUUGCAACGAAAGAAGACCAGUUUCUUCGGUUUGCAUUUGUGAGAGAAGAUGGGUUAACCAUCGCAUCUGUGUUCACCCACCAAGAACCAGUUACCAAACAAAUCAGUAUCGGCGAUAGUGCUAAAAAGUUAGUCUUCCUCGAUAACCUUGCCCUCUUUGCAUUAUUGUGCCACUCCAAAGAUGCGACGUCCCGGGUUAAAUUUGCAGAUCGUAAAACAAACCGAAUUCUUCCAGUUAUUGAGAUCGAGUCCCGUCUGGGGCAGCAAAGGAAAGAGCCUAUUUUUCAGCAGAACGAAAUUCCCAUGUGCGCUUUCGUAUGGCAGAUUCAAAGACAAGACCGAGUGUCGAAAAAACUUAUUGUUGGGUCUCUGAUAAAUGACCAAGCUGGAUCAUUGAAGGUUUUGGAUGUGGCGAAAGUCUCUGCUGACACCACUGUGAUCAAAUUGGUGGAACUCAUUAGCAUUCCACGGGAUGAGCCUGUCACUUGCAUUGAACAAGUUGAAUCGACAAUAUUGUUCUCCUGUGGGUGCAAAAUAUACUCGACUUCUUACAGUCUCGAAGAUAGGAAACUUCGGGCCCGUGACGAAACUAGCUACCCUUUCGAGCCCGAUUGUGUCCAUUCUGGUGAACGAGGAGAAUUCUAUUUUGGUUAG